AUGGCUAGAGGAUUUAAUGCGAUUGUGGGUAUUGUGGCCCUUAUUGCUGUGUUGUGGGUAGUCUUCAAGAACCCAAGCACCAAGGCAGAAUUGGCCAAGCAUGUUGACAACGUGCAAGAUCUGCUCCAGAACAACUAUAUGUUGUAUUUUGAACCAUUGACUGAAGGUAAGACUCCGAAGGAAGUGGAGGAGAUGAAGCAGCAUUUGGCUGAAUUGACCGAAAGUUACCUGGACUACGUGCAGAAUGAAUUGGGAAGUAAAAUCAAGCACUCAUAUGAUGACACUGUCAAUGGUAUAAGUGUGCAACUAGACCUGACCCAGAAAGCUUUGAAGAAGCUCACUCAGAAGUACUCAAACAAGGCUGACCAACAACAAGAGAUUAUGGUAGACAAGCUUUAUGAGUUGUUCUACACGUUGAAGGGUGAUGAUCUUAAGAAGUGGGGAAUUAAGAUGAAGUUAGAGAAGGACAAGAGAGUCGGAGUGUGGUAA